UCUCAGGUGCCCAAUAUUCUAUAGACCUUGCUUCCUGCAGAGGUUGCUGGGGACAGUUGCCUAGAUCUACUGUGAAUCAGAUUCAGAAAAAAAUUUCACUGCCAUUUGUACAAGACUGCAUUUGAUGGACCGAAGUGCCAACCUGAGAUCAGGAUUACAGAGAUCGGGAGUACGGAGAGCAGGAAUACUGACAUCCAUAAUACGGAGAUCUAGAGUACAGAGAUCCAGAGUACAGAGAGCAGGAAGACGGAGAUCCAGAAUACAGAGUGCAAGAGGAUGGAGAUCUAGAAUACAGAGUGCAGGAGGACAGAGUUCCAGAAUACAGAGUGCAACAGGACAGAGAUCUAGAAUACAGAGUGCAGGAGGACAGAGUUCCAGAAUACAGAGUGCACCAGGACGGAGAUCCAGAAUACAGAGUGCACCAGGACGGAGAUCCAGAAUACAGAGUGCAAGAGGACAGAGAUCCAGAAUACAGAGAAUGGGAACACCAAGAUCCAGAAUACAGAGUGCAGGAGGACAGAGUUCCAGAAUACAGAGAAUGGGAACACCAAGAUCCAGAGUACAGAGUGCAGGAGAACAGAGUUCCAGAAUGCAGAGUGCAGGAGGACAGAGUUCCAGAAUACAGAGAAUGGGAACACCAAGAUCCAGAGUACAGAGUGCAGGAGGACAGAGUUCCAGAAUACAGAGUGCAGGAGGACAUAGUUCCAGAAUACAGAGAAUGGGAACACCGAGAUCCAGAGUACAGAGAGCAGAAGUACGGAGAACCAGGGUACAGAGAUCUGGAGUAGGGAGAUCUAGAGUACAGAGAGCAGGAGUACUGAGAUCCAGAAUACAGAGAACGGGAGUGAUGAAAUCCGGAGUACCGAGAGUGGGAGUCCUGAGAGCAGGAGUACAGAGAGUGGGAGUCCUGAGAGCAGAACUACAGCGAGUGGGAGUACAGAGAUCCGGAGUACAGAGAUCUGGAGUACAGAGAGCAGGAGCACCGAGGUCCGGAGUACAGAGAGCAGGAGCACCGAGGUCCGGAGUACAGAGAGCAGGAGCACCGAGGUCCGGAGUACAGAGAGCAGGAGCACCGAGGUCCAGACAACGGAGAACAGGAGUAUGGAGAUGGGGAGUAUGGAGAUGGGGAGUACGGAGAUGGGGAGUACGGAGAUCGGGAGUACGGAGAUCGAGAUUAUGAAGAUCCUGAGUACAGAUACAGUGAUCAGGAGUACAAAGGGCAGGAUUAUUGCGAUCCAGUGUAUGAGAGAUUGGGCGUACAGAGCUUGGGAGUCCCCGUUGUUCAAGUAAGGGAAGACGUUGAUAAACUUCACUCCCAAUGAGUCUGAAUAAAUAAUAAAUGAAGGUCAUUUUCAAAGCAAAGGGCACAGAACAAAGAGACAGGACUACCAGUGUUUAUUCAGCUAAUGCCGGGAGGUUUAAUUCACACCCCAGGCUUCAAUUUCCUCAACUAAACUGGGUUUUAGGUAUGUUCUGUUUUCCAUACCUGUGCUGCUAAAUCCGAGUCGAGCAGAGAGAGAAACGGCAGAGAAUCAUAGAGGAUGUGUAGCAGGGAGAGCCACAGUGAGUGGCUUGGAGGGCAAAGCAUGGAUGUUACAAAUCUAUUUACCUAGGCACUGGGUACAUCUGUUCCACUGUCAACUGGUGCCUUUUCUUUUCUUCUUCCUUUUAAAUCAAGUCUGACUCCUUUAUACAUUGAUAGCAUUUGCUUUAGAAAUAAAACGCCUUGCUGAGCAUA